AUGCGUGUCGCUCUCAUUCUCUCCAGCAUCUCUGCUGUGACUACAAUUGCGGCUUCACAAGCAAUCCCGACAGCAGCGUCCGAGAUGGCAUCUGAGAUAGUUGAGAGAGCACCUGAGCUACCGUCUCCAGCCAUCGACCCGAUACCCGCUGCAGAAUUGCCAGCGACGGAGGAAGCAUCUGAGGAAGCACCUGAGAUCGCACCGAUUGUGCCUGAGAUAGCGUCUCCAGCCAUUGACCCCAUCAUUCCAGAAGCUCCAGCGGUUGAGGAAGCACCUGACAUGGCAUCGCCAGCCAUCGAUACAAUACCCGUUCCAGACGUUCCAGUAUCUGAGGAAGCACCUGAGAUUGCACCGAUUGUGCCCGAGAUGGCAUCUCCAGCUAUUGACCCAAUCAUCCCAAAAGCCCCAGCGACUGAGGAAGAAUCUGAAAACGGACCCGAGAUUGCAUCGCCAAUCACGGAGCCAGUACCCAUCCCAGACUUGCCAACGACUGAAAAGGCAUCUCCAGCUAUCGAUCAAAUACCUAUUCCAGAACUGCCUUUGACUGGGGAGGCACCUGAGAUCGCUCCUCAAAUCGCAUCUCCAGAUAUUGACCAAAUACCCAUUCCAGAAGUACCAGCGACUGACAAAGCUACUGAGAUCGCACCUGAGAUCGCACCUGAGGUAGCAUCUCCGCCUGCUGACCCAGUCUCCGUCCCAAAAUCGCCUGUCCGUACUUCUUCCGGAGUGAUCCCAGAAGAUAUCUUGGAUGCCAUGCAAGGGAUUCAGAUCUUAGCGUCCAACCUAAUACUUCAAGCGUACGACAUCAGGGGCGAUGGUGUGAAGCCUCAGAUAAUCGGAAACACAUACCUGCGCUGUCGGGAUUUGACCGAUGGUAUUGAAAAGGUGUCUGGCGGAAUCAGUCGCCCUCCCACGAUGCUUUUUAGCUGGGAAGAUCAAAUGGCCAUUUGCUCCAAUUUCGAUGUGUUCGGUAUCAACCAAUCCAGAGUCAUCACUGCACUGGUCAUGGAACUUGAGAGCAUAUUCUAG